ACCGAGCGGACACGGCAAGCGGAUCGGCGACAGCGACAGCGUUUAAUGAAAAUAUUUAAACAUGCACUUGACAUAAAAUUCAGAGUGAUUUUCUGAUUAAAAUAAUGUAAACAAAUAUUAGUGCGCGUGAUAUUGUUUAGCAGCUGAUGAAAAAUCAAAAUAAUUAAACAAAUAGUUACUCAGCUCAGUGUUGUGAAAUUCAAAACAGGAGAAGCAAAGCGGUUAAAAUAAGCCAGAGCUAAGCAAACCAAAGCAAAGUAAAAGAAAAGUGCCGCAAAGAGCAAUAGGCAAACAUAACGGCAACCGUGCAAAGUGCAUAAAAACGUGACGACAGCGCCCCAGCAUAGUUCUUGUGCUCUGCGCUCUGCUUUUCAAUUUCGUUUUCGUCUAGUAUUCCUUUUGGUGUUACUCGUAAUCUAAAAUACUAAGUGUUCUGUGUCUGAUUUGACAAGCACACACACACUUAUGUACCCGUACCCGUAAUAUUUUUGUGUGUCAAUUGUUUGUGAGAGAAAAUCAAUUUCUGUGUGUCCCAUAUCUGUUCAGUGUUACCCCGAACAACAGUAGGAUAAUCGCGUAUUUACUCGACCUACAACCUGCCAACCUGCCAACCUGCGACCUGCCAUCGAUCGUGUGGAGCCGCAGCAAUUCCGGGCUAAGCCAGAGCAAAGCAAUCUCCUUAUAUGUGGAGGGGUGCAGGAGAGACUUGGACCGUUGCAUCCGAACCAGAGUCUGGAUAGGCAACCCAGGCGAGCCAUGACGGAGCAUCACAUGGACGUGCACGCCGACGCGACGCAGAGCGUAUCCGAGUCCAAGGCCAUGGCUGCGCCCAAGGCCAAGUUCUCGGAGGCCGAGGAGGGUUUCCUCUCCACCUCGCCGGACAGUGCCAACGGCGACAGUGCCCAGCAAGCCCAUAACCUUACUCACACUCACACCAUCUCACACGCGCACUCCAAAGGAGCUGCCAAAACUCAGAAUGGAAACGGCGGCCUGCAGCCUGGCGGCAGUCGCCAGCUGCUUCGGCACGCCUUCCACCAGUGCUCGUGUCCGGAGCAGUGCGUCACCCUGAACAACAUACUGGACUCAUUCAAGGCCCCGCUCUCCGAGGACCAGGCCUGGGCCCUCAUCUACCAGUUCGCCUCCCUCUACUACAAGGUGGCUGCCCAGGCGCACAAGUCCGGCGGGGACUACGAGGCCGACCUACCCACCCGCUUCGAACUGCACUUCCAUCGCGAUGGCAGCGUGCACUUCUCUGGAGCGGAGCGGCUGCCAGAGCUCGUGGAAUCCCAGGAGCAGGAGGAGUCCCAGCAGAAGCAGCCGCAAAUGGAUGACAGCGCCACCAGCAGCGUGGACAGCAAUGCAGCCAUUGAGAGAGCCUUUGACAACAACAAUCAUCAUCAGCACCACACGCCGCUCGUCGUCUCGCAUCGAAAGAUCAUCAGCGAAAUGGCGGAAAUUGUGUACACCGCUUUGGACUACAAUCUGCCGGAGGACGAGGAGUGCCAGAUGUCGCAGGAGCUCGAGAAUCUGUUCAACUUUAUGACAGCGGAUGAGACUGACGAGGAUUGCAUUGACGAGGGCAUCGACGAGGGCGACAAGCGCUGGGACGACGAGGCGGAGGAGGAGCGCAACGAUACCAAAGAACUAGAGCACAUAAUCGAGGCCUGCAGAAAUCACUUGCAGAAACCCGCUCUAGCAGACAAUCACUACAAGGCCGUGUGCCGAGCCCUGGUCACGGAGACAAUUGAGCUUCGCGUGUUCCUGCAGCAAGUCCUCAACAAUGGUGCCGAGAAGCUGAUCAAAGCCUCAGAAUCUUCACCUACCACGCAGAAAGAACUGGCGAAGCUGGGCUUCAACGACUGGGCACGCUUCUGGGUGCAGGUGAUCGACGAGCUGCGCCGCGGCGUACGCCUCAAGAAGAGCAACUUCGAGCGCACGCCCAUCGAGUACGAGCUGACGCCCUACGAGAUACUCAUGGGCGAUAUUCGAGCCAAAAAGUAUCAGUUGCGCAAGGUGAUGGUCAAUGGAGAUAUACCGCCGCGUGUCAAGAAAGAUGCCCAUGCCAUGAUCUUGGAGUUCAUCAGGUCACGGCCGCCAUUGAAGAAGGCAUCCGAGCGGCAGCUGGGCCCGCCCCGGAAGUGCACGCCCUCGCCCAGAGAACAGCUCAUGGAGUCCAUACGGCAGGGCAAGGAGCUGAAGCAGAUCACACCACCAGAGGCACCUCCUUUGAGGCAGAGAAUGCUUCCAAGUGCGAAUUCCACGCUGUCGCGUUCCAGGCAGCGGCUCAUUAAAGUGGAUUUCUCACAGCUGCAGGACGAUGAGCUCUUCUUUGAUGAGUCCAGCAUGAGCAGCACGCACUCCACAGCGGCCACACACCAGCAUCACCAGCACCCCCAUCUAGCCGAGCUGCACCGCUGCUCUCAGCCCAAGAUGCCCCCUUAUCCAUUUGGUGGCUACAUGGUGCCCAGCCAAGCGCGGCAAGAUUGCCAGGCAACAGCGUCGCUGAUGCGCCCCAGACGCACAAUUCCUGGCGCUGCAGUGGAAGCACAACCACCCAAGCAAGCACAACCACAGCCAGCCCCGCCCGCAGAGCCAUCCUUUACGGAGGACGAGUACCAGAGGUUCUUCGACAAUGCCCUGGAAUCCUACGAUCUGGCCACUCAGUGCGAGUCGAGACGCGCCUCGCUGCGCCGCCACACUAUUGUGGGCUGCCAGAGCAACCUGGAGGAGACGCACUCGAUGCCAUCCACGCGUCCCGAGUCGCGGCAGUCGGAUGACGCAGGCAGUCAGCAGUCGGCAGGAGCCAGCAGUGAGGCACACAGGAAGAGCCCCCUGACAGCGGGCGAGCACGCGCAGACGACGGAGCUGCCGCCCAGGCUGGACGAGGCUCAUUCAACAUCCUCGCUUGGGCCAUGGAACAAGUCCUUUAUGGAUAAACAGACCUGGAUGGAACGGGGGGACGAUCGGCUGUCCGUCACGCUGGCGGAGAUCGUUCACAUACGUUCUGUCAUGACCAAGGCCGAGCUGGAGGGCCUGCCCAUGGACGUGCGCGUCAAGGAGGAUGUUGAAAAGCGUCGCGUCUGCUUCCUGUGCCUGCGCACACGCUUCUCCUUCUUCGGCCCCUGGGGCAUACAGUGCAAGCUCUGCCAGCGCACUGUCUGCGCCAAGUGCUACACCAAGAUGCGCAUUCCCUCAGAGCACUUCAGGAACGUUCCCCUUGUGCUGAUCUCACCAUCGCUGCUGUCCAGUCCGGCCAGCUCGAGCACACCCUCACCCUCUCACCACGCCCACCAGGCGCACUCCUCGUCGACAGGGAACAUUAUGGACGAUCAGUUCCCCAAGUCACUGAUUGAGCGUCUCCUGCGCUCCGAGUCAGAUAGAAAGACUCGCAGCACUGUGGGCAGUGCGCCAUCCUCACCCAAGCACCAAAGAUCAAACAUGAGCACUCCUGGCAUCAGCGUGGGGCCCGGAGCAGGCGCAUCCGCCUCCGCCGCCCCUGGCCAUGCCGUGGAGGCACUGCACGACCAGGCGUCCAUGUCCGCCUCCUACUCGUCAGCCAUGCGACCCUCGGGAGUGAUGCAGCACCACCAGAAGCAUCACUACAACAACGCCAUGUCGCGUAGCAUGGAGGGACCCCGGAGUCUGCCCGUGCACAGCCCAGCAUAUCGACCGCUGUCCAACAGCAGCACACUCGAGAGGAAAUCCCGCUUCUCGCGGGGCUUCGCCUUGUUCUCCUCGGGCAGCCAUUUGGCCCAGACCCAGGAGCAGAAGGAGAACCUGCGCGGCGAGCAGGUGCCCGUCUGCAAUGACUGUCAAGGGCUCGUCAACGAGAUCACCAGUUCUGUGAAGCAAAAGCGCAGCUCUGCGAGGAACCGCACCAUACAGAAUCUCACCCUAGAUCUAACGCCAGUGUGGAAAUAAGCACAGAUCAAACCCUCAGCCCUACAGUGCGUUUCAAGACUACAGGACACUGACUCCAGGAAUCUAUCCAUUUCGAAAUGGUUUCUGAUAACCUACCCUAAAAAUCAAUUGCUAAAUUUCUUCGAUGACGGACUACGGACCUUAUUUGAUUGCUGACUCUAUACCAGAACUGUCUGAAGUCGAACCAUUUUCAAUAUGCUCGCAAUUAACAGAGCUAAUUAGGUUUUUUUAUGGGACUGAAACGCACUAAACAUACGGAAGAUACAUACAUACGAGCAUGGAUUAUGGAUUAUGUAUUAAAUGGACUGUUUGUUGUACACACAUUAAGAAGGUAGAGCCUCGAGGAGACUCCCUUCCCUCCCCUUGUAUGUAAAUCGUGUUAGUUUAGUGAAUAAGCAAAAGGAGAGAACGAAACAUUCCUGGCUGAAGCUUUGUACAUUUUCUGCCGGCUACAGAGAGAUGAUCCGCUUGAGCGCACCCCACCACAUACGAAACGAGUAUAUAAAUAAUAAUAAUUAACUAAAUAAUACACACACUACAUAUAUUAUCGCAGUACAAUGCCGUUGUUUGUAAAUGUUUAAUUUAUACGUAAAUGUUGAUUAAGUAUAUACUCAUAGAUCCUGUAAGAAGUACGAUCCGUAUGUAAUCCGCAAUAUCCGCAAUCUCCCGGCUUGUGCUCUCGAUUUAUCAAAUGAUUCCCCAGUUCGAUAUUGUUAAAUGAAUGUUGUGAAAGAAAGUGUUUGUGCUUGCGCAGAUCGAAUUAUUGUUUACUUGUGAUCUGAGUUCUCGUUGUCGUCCCUCCCCCACCCAGUCUGAGUUCCACCCACACAACGUCAAUGUAUAUCGCAGGCUAACUCCUUAGUUGAUAGCCUAAUUUAAUUUUAGUCUCUUUGUUGCAAUGCAACCCAUACUAUUUAGUUCCAUUGAUCGCAUAGUUUUAAUUUCCGCCUAGCAUCUAAGCGACGCGACCGUUCCAUAUUGUACAAGCUGCGAUGCAAAGCAAACCCCUAACGAAAUCACCUAUCGGUAACCCUAUCGUAUAUUGAAGUUUGAUCAGUUUUUGUUUUCAUUUUGAAUCGCAUUUAAACGUAUUUGUAAUUUACACUUUUAAUGCUUUUAAGUUGAAUUAUUUUUUCCUUUGAUUUAUAACAAAAACACCAACACAAAGAGAACGAAAAUACACUAAACCGCAAUGAAACAAUUAAAUAAAAACUAAUUAAAAAUACAA